AUGACGAUACUGGCUCAAGAGUUACGGGUUCGUCUAAAGCUUGAUGAGAAAGGUGUACUCCAAUAUUUGUCUGCCGGUUUCUUGUCCAGCCACCCCGAAAACGCGGAAAAAAUCAAUGUGUCCUGCGGCAUCCACAUCCGUCAAUACAAAAUCCGAAACACUCGACACGACGAGGAGCUCGCCACGCAGCAAACACUCACACCCGGUGAUCUGCAAGAUCAACAUCGUCGUCCGCUAUCCCAAUCGGUGAACAUGUCCAGCUCGGUUAUCGAUAGUUUCCCGUUGGCUGGGAUUUUUACCACUCAAGAUGAAUCGGUCGAACACGACACGUCUCUCGUGACUGACGCGACUGAACCGCAUUUAGCACGAGCGACCCGAUCGACCCUGCCCCACGAGGAUAUGUUUGUUGCGAAUUUGGAUUUCACCGGUUCAGAUGAGCACCUUCCUCACGUAAUUGGCUGUGCUGUUGAUGCUCGAGCCAGUUCUCCCUCGCCCAUUUAUGGCCGCGGGCGUCAUCGACGUACUUCACCUUUCCGAUGCGACUCGGUGGAAAUGACUUCAAUCAAUUUAGCCGAUAGUGAUUUGUCAUUCCGGCAUUUGCACGACACAAGUGGUCGCCUAUCAACACAUUCAGAUUUACCGUUUCGAAGCCCAAAUUUAUCGCCAAUAUUUCCCACAUCUUUCAUCCCUCGUCCUCCUUCUCCAAUCCCUCCGGGCGACGAUGACGAUGACGACAACGACAAUGAACGUCGUACCGGCAGUUUUCGUUUACCCACUCCGGCUGCCUGUCUGUUCGGCAACCCCAGUCGACCUGCUUCUCCCAUUCUUGUCAUGCCUUUUGUAGAUCUUUCGCACGAUGACGGACCUAAACGAAUUCACUAG